AUGGAGCGGGACGACAAGAAAGCAAAGGAUGCCAUCCCAGAAUGGGACGGCAACCCAGGACGUUGGCGACACUUCGAGACGGCAGUGAAGUGGUUCCCUCGCACGCUGAAGCGGCAGGAUAGGGACCUUGCGGCGAACAGGAUCAUCGGGCGCAUGCUGCAGAGCAAAACGAUAGCUAUAAGGACGUUUGCGACCACCCUGGAUCCAGACAGAUAUGAGAAUCCGAACGGCCACCUCCUCCUUCUGGACGACCUGAGGAACAGUCCACUGGGAAAGCUUCCUAUCCCGGACGCGGCCCACAAGAUCAAGCACUACUACAAGGACUUCAAGCGGCGCAAAGGCGAGACAGCGGGCGCGCUCCUGAUCCGGGAGCAGGAUUACUACUCGGAGAUGGUCCAAGCACUGGAGCGCCUACUCCAGGAGAUGGGCGACAACGACAAGUACAAGCAGUGCCAGGAGUGCUUCGGCUACUUCGAGAGAGACCGAGGCGCAGCUGGACGUGGACAAUGGCACUGCCAGAGGUGUUGGGACACCUGGGAAGCCAACCCCGACGCACCGACGACCUUGGCAGCAGAUGACGCCCCUGCCGAGGAAGCAGAAGAAGCAGAUGAGUAUGAACGACACUCUACUACGUCUCGCUCGCAGGGCUCUCGAACGGAUCGUUUUCACCGACAAGAAUCCAUGGCGAGCAAGCUCAAGGUUUCGGAAACGAUGGCAGUGGGCUCUACGUUCUUCGGCCACGCUUCCGGAGUCCUGAAGGUCCUCCGCGGUUUCUUCCUGCUCGAGGCGAUGGAUUUCACCGAGAAGGAGAAGCAGGACGUCCGCGUGGUCACGCAGAACCGCUUGGAUUUCGAUGCAGUCUCCAAGGCUUUGAAGGAGCGAUGGGAGGACAAGGCGCUGGUGCAGCGGGACUUCGGACCGAGGGCUAUGCCUCGGUACGGCCCGGAGUCGGGCCAGCAGUCGGCCCUCAUUGCGGAGUUUGAUGACGUACACGGACCUGACUGGUACGAUGGCUACGCAGCGGCAGCCAUGGAUGAGGAUCUCAACCACAUCAAUGAGGAGCUCGAGGCGGCCCAGGCGAUGGCGGCAGAGGCACCGCCGUUCACGGGUCGAGGCCCGAAGGGCAGCAAGGGCGGCAAGAGCGGCAAGGGUAGCAAGUACCGCGACAGGGACCACGACCAGAAGGGCAAGAAUGCGAACUACCUGGAGUUCCACACGAUCACGCACGGGCUCGACGAGCUCCAGGGUCUGUACCAGGCAGAGCAGAACGACAGCGGCCUCGCCCCUUCUGAGGCCAUGGUUGAUUGCGGGGCUUCCGCGUCCGCCGGAGGCGAGCGCGCAGUCCAGGCCCUGGUUGCCGCCGUUGCGGCUGCGAACCCCCAGGCCAGGAUCGAGAUCAACAAAAAUGAAAGACCGUGGUUUCGUUUUGGAGACAAUAAGUGGGGCAAGGCACUGUAUAAGGUUUCGGUCGAGUUCGAGCCGGGCUUCGUUCUGGGCAUCUUCGCUCUCAGUCCUGGCGUGCCUCUCGUUUUGUCGGGAACGACUGCUCUGGAGUCGUGGCCGGCAAUCGUGAAUUUCCGAACCGGGGAGGCUGCGAUCAGGGGCCAACUGGUGCAGCUUCGCAAGACUCCAGUCAAGGGCCAUUGCAUCCUCGAUCUGGGCGUUUCAGAGAUGGUCGAUGACAAAGACAACAUCACCACCAUUAGCAUCAUCUCAGACAAGAACGACACCAUCAGCAUCAUCUCGGACAAGAACGACUUUAUCAGCAUCAUCUCAAACAAGAACGACAUUAUCAGCAUCAUCUCAGAUGAGAACGACACCAUCAUCAGUAUAUACGGCUAUUACGACAACACCAUCAGUGAUAACAGCAACAUCACCUCCAUCAACCAUAACAGGAAGAGCAGCUCCAUCAUGAGCGAUUUUCGGCAAUCCGCAAGCCGGCGCUUCAGCCAGCGCGUUUCCAUGGAGGGCAAGGACGAAUGGGUACCUGUCGACAUAGAUGCCGACAAGAAGGAGGAGGGCACGGAGCUCCGGACCUACGACCCAGGUCAAGCGGGAGUUCGUCUUCAACGGUCAGAAGAUGGAGUACGUCACCUCGGAGGCAAGGUCAAGGAGAAAGAUCCGGGCAACACGCACCGGGGUCGCAAGAGGGAGAAGCAGAUGGAGCUGGACCCGGCGUUCGCACUGCAGGUGGACCCCCGCGACCCGAGGACCACACGGGGACCGUGUGGCAAGACGCAUCGCAAGUACUUCACGGUCAACAACCAGUGGGGCCAGACCAGGACAUGCUAUCGGUGCGGGCUGAGGUUGCUCUACGUCCCGACGGCGAAGGCGCCGAUGACGAACCUCAGCAUGCAGCAUCCGAAAUUGGUGGAGUCCGGCCUGGAGUUGGCGCGGCACUGCAACCUGUGGGAGACGGCCAAUCACGAGCAGGUGACCGCGAUGAUCAACAUCGCCACCUCUCUCCGGAGGCUUCCCGGGACCGAGAUCCGCCACGCGCCGGACGCGCUGCUGGAGAUGUUGGGGGCAGCGAACCCCAGGCGCAAGGCCCAGAUGGCGGAACCACUUCUGGCGGCCGGACGCCGGAGGUCAUUACUCGCAGGACUGGCCUUGGCCAUGACCGUGGGUACGAUCACCGAGGCGGUGGAGAUCUGCUGCCAUCCCAACAGCACGCUGACCGACGAGUGCACCAACAUCGGCCUCAGCAUGGAGAGGAUCAGCAUCGAGAACGGCUACAACCUCAGCACGAUGGCGGGCUUCGAGGCCGCUAGCAAGAAACUGGACGAGGUGAUGCCGAAGCGGGCUUGGAUAUCGCUACCAUGCACGCUAUGGACUUCGCUCACGAACUUCAACUACAAGACCCCAGAGGCACGUGCACGCCUAGAGAAAGACCGACUUCGAGACCGACGACGUGUGAAGUAUGGAGUUCUCCUGUUGCUAAAGAUUGUUGACAACGGAGGCGAGGUCUACUUCGAGGACUACAACACUAACGAGCUCGUCGAGAAGGGCUGGAGGAUCAUGACCACCGACCCGGAGUUCUCCAAGGUCGCGACCGUGUGUGACCACUCACACGGCCACCGAGUCAUCAGCGGGAAGCUGCACACUGCAGCCACAGCCUACUACCCGCAGGCGAUGUGCAAGGCAAUCGCCCGGCUGUGGCAUGCUCAACUCCAGACCCCGAUCGACCUCAACAUGGCCCUGGAGAACCCUGCUGUCCUAGACCUCGAGAAUGCCUACCUGAUGGAGCGGGACACCGGGAGCAUCUACGUCGCUGAGCCCACGGAUCUCGAAAGGGAACAGGUGCGUGCGAUGUUGAGCAGGAUCCACAAGGCUGCAGGGCACCCAGGGAACGAGUACUUGGCUUACUGGUGCAAGAAGCGGCAGUGCCCACGCUGGAUCAUCGAAGAAGCGAUCAACCUUCGCUGCGAGGCAUGCGACCUGGUCAAGCACGGCCUCAACCACAAGGUCAAGGCGAGCCUCGAUAUCCCCAUGGCACCUUGGCAGGCAGCCGUCAUGGACGUGUCCGACCUGACGUUCCCGGAUUUGAAUGUGAAGGCCACGUUUCUCCUCAUCGCAGAGGUCGCCACCGGCCUGAUGUGCGGGGACAUCACUGCGAAGAUCGGCCUCAAGGACAAGGGCACAGAUUCUUCAGCUACGCUGUUCACGACGUUUGCCAGAGCCUACCUUCAACACUAUCCCAAGCCAAGGUGGGUUUUCGUCGAUCCCCAGACCUCUUUUGUGGGCGGCGAGUUUAAAGACAACUGCCAGUUGGCCGGCAUCGGCGUCUCAGCGAAACCAGGAGGAGCACAUUGGAUGGCUGGCGACAUCGAGCGCCGCAUCUCGACCGUCAAGCAGGUAAUGAGGAAGCUUCGCCUACAAUACCCCAAGCUGAGUCCCGAGACCGUGUUUUACAUCUCGAUUGCGGCGGCCAACAACAUGGACAACAUCAAGGGCUACACGCCGAUGCAGUGGGCUUUCGGGUUUUCUCCGACCGGGGACCCUAUCUUGGCGCACAACGCAGCUACUGGCAAGUUGAAGUCCGACUUCUUCGAGAUCGAGCGGGUGCGAGCGGAUGCAGAGGCAACCUACCUGAAGGAGAAGGCGUCCAGGAAGAUCUCAGAGCUUAAGAACUCAGCCCCACGACCUCGACAUGAAUAUAAACGAGGCGACUGGGUCUGUGUCUGGCGGUCGUACGCUGCGACAGGAGAGCGAAAGCUUUCCGGACAGGACUUCUUCACGGACGGCUUGUUCAUCGGACCGGGCCGGGUCUUGUUCUCCGAGCCGGCGGUCCAGACCGGCAACAAGGACGGCGUGAUCUGGGUCAUCAUGGGCAACCGAUGCUGGCGCUGCGCGGCUGAGCAACUGCGGCCAGCCACGCAGUCGGAGAUCGUCCAGAUCAACCUGAAGAAGGACGACAUCCUCAACAGUCCGCUUGAGGACGUCUGGAGGCACCUCCAGGACUUUGACGACAUAGCCGGGGAGCCCUACCCAACGGCAGAUGGCAUGAGGAUGCUACCACGUCAACCUCUUGAAGGCAUGCCGAGGGUGAUCGAGAAUCCCGAUGCGGCCGUGGAACCCCACGACGUCACGGAGGCAGAUGACGACCAGGAGGCGGCGAGCGACCAUGUGGAAGCCAGCGAGAUCGGCAUUAUCAACUUCGUGCAGGAUCCGAAUAACGAGGCCGAGAUGGAUCUGAUGAAGAUCGAGAUCGAGGCGGACCUUGAGGAGUUCUGCUUCGAUGCGAGCGCGUACUUGGAGAAGCAGCUGAACCGCGUGGCCAACAACAUGGUCAAGAAGGGCGUGGAGGUUUCGUUUGGCCGCCUGAGCCCCGAGGAGAAGCCACUGUUCCAAGAGGCAAUGGCACGGGAGCUGGCGGAACAUCUGGAAGUACCGACAGUCCGGGCUGCAUCUGCUUACGCUGACUACAAUCAUGGAAAAGAUAUUCCAGCGGACAAGCUGACCAAGAUGAGGUGGCUACUGACUUGGAAGCCUCUGACGCCACCUGAACCACCGGACAAGUCGGACCCACACCGCGUGAGCACGCCGGACGGGAAGUUCAAGGCGAAGGCCCGUAUCAUUCUGUUGGGCUUCUCACAUCCGGACCUUGUCAGUCGCGACAAGUUCGGAGAUCGGGUGCUUCCUACGGCGUCACCAACCAUUUCAAGAAAAGGGAAGCUGGCACUCCUCCAGAUGGCUGCUUUCCACGGCUGGACCUUCGAGCUAGCCGACGCGAAGUCCGCCUUUCUGCAGGCCGGGCACACUGAGGAGUGGAGGAAGCUCUACACGAAGGGCGUGAAGGAGCUUCGGCAGGCCUUGCAGAUCAACGAGGAGGAGUCCAUGGGAGUCCUGGCAGCGAUCUACGGGAUCACGAAUGCGCCGUGGGUUUUCUGGAAGUGUGUGGACCACAAGAUCCACGAAGCAGGAGGCAAGAGCGUCCUCAUCGAGCCGUGGAUCUGGAUCAUUCAGGACCAGGACGGCACCGUGUGCGGGGUCAUCGGCUCGCACGUGGACGACUUUGGCAUCGCAGGCGACAGUGACAACAAGUUCUACCUCGACAUGAAGAACAUGCUGAAGGAGAUGCUGCGGUGGUCUCCAUGGCGAAGCACGCCGUGCAUGUGGGCAGGCAUGUGGAUCACCCAGGAGCCGUCGGGCAAGAUCCAUGCCAGCCAGGAGGAGUUCUGUCACCAGCUCCUCGAGAUCAGGGUUGAGUCCGGCAAGUAUCUCUCGAAGGAUGACAAGCUCAAACCGGAGGACGUCACCCAGUUCAGGGCGGGCCUGAUGAAAUGCCAGUGGAGAGCGACACAGACAGCACCACAGUUCUCAUGUCGGGUGUCACUGUUGGCUCAGCGGGUGAACGAGGCGACGUUCGGGGACCUGAAGGACACGAACGCCCUCAUACGCGAUGUGAAGCGGACCGCUCGUGACUCAUUGGUGUUCCACAACUUCAAUAGCAACUGCGGCGGCAAGCUGAAGUGGGACGACCUAGUCAUUGUGACGUGGGUCGACGCAAGCAGGCUACUCCAACGAGGAGGCUACAUCGUGGCUUUCACCACGGCCGAGAUUCUCAAGCAGAAGGAAUGUGCAGUAUCUAUCGCCGACUGGAGGUCGUACAAGCUCAAGCGCACCGGCAUCGGCACCAAUGGAUGCGAGGGCCAGGCCCUGUACGACGGAGAGAACGCCGCGUACUUGAUGCGCAUGCUGUGGUCAGUCAUGCACGGAGUUCCAGUUACCGCGCACACCCAGGAGGAAGUGGCGCAAUCCAUGACUUCUGUGCUGGUGAUCGACAGUCGGGGAGUUUAUGACUCAGUUCACAACAAGGAGAGCUUCGGCAUAGGCCUGAGCGACGCGAGGACCGGCGUGGAGGUAUUGCAUGUGAAGGCGAACUGCGGGCCCGAGAAGAACCAGCACCUGGUCUGGGUACCCUCGGACCUCAACCUAACCGACGGCCUCACGAAGGACAGUCCUGAGGCAAGGAAGCCUCUGGCUCUGUGGCUUGCGCGGCGCACCUGGAUCAUCAGGUACGACGAGGAUUUCACGUCAGCCAGGAAACGACAGCGAGCUAACAAACUCGCCCAGGACAAGCCGCAGCCGCAUACGGACGCUGAAGCCGAGGCCGCCGACGCUUUAGCUUUUCUCGACCUAUCUUGA